AAUGUAACUAAACACUGUAGCUAAGCACAGUGUAAUGACGGAAAUGCCCCUCAUUUUGCUGCUGUUUUUGUUUUGUUUUUUCUUCAGCACAGUAAAUUGACGAAACUGCCCUUGACUAAACAGCUUCUGCUGUUUCCAUUUUUGCCCCUUCUCCUUCGUUGAUAGCCCUUCGUCCGCUCACAGAAGCCCCCAUUUUCAGUUCGUUUCGAACCAGCUGGUUGGGGGGCAGCCAUGGAAGAUCUGCACAUGCAUGGGGAGCCGUCGAUCUUUGUUUGGGAGGUGUGCUGCAAAUCCAGCCGCACUUUUGCUCUUCGUCUGAGAGAUUUCUGGUGGGAAGAUUUUUCAUCCUUUCUACAGCCUUCCACUCAGACUUCCAUCUCUCUUGCUUUCGAAUUUCUGCAUCCUUUGUCUUCAGGUGACUGUUUGUGUGUGAAGAAAGGCUUGCGAUUGCCCUUGCUGCUGUUGUGGAACAGAGCCAGUGUACAGCUUGAAUACACCAAAAAGCAAGGAACUAGAGAUUUGCAUUCCACUGCCAUUUUCAAGCUUGGAUACACCAAAAAGCAAGGGACUAAGCAUUUGGAUUCUGCUAUCAUAUUCGAGGUUCUUGCUAUCAUCCUGCUUUUGGAUACGUGUUGGUACAAGUGUUUAACAAAUUUUCUCAUUACAGAUGUUUGUACUGUCGAAUUCCAAAAAAGAGGAUUGCCACAUGCUCACAUGUUGAUCUGGUUAAAACAAAAUUAUAAAUGUUAUUCAGCAGUUGAUAUAGAUUUUAUCAUUUCUGCUGAAUUACCGGACAAAACUAUAAAUUAUGAUCUUUAUGACAUUGUAACUCAAUUUAUGAUCCAUGGUCCAUGUGGACAAAUAAAUCCUUAUUCUCCAUGUAUGCGAGAAGGAAAAUGUUAUAAAUCUUUUCCCAAACAAUAUAAAAGCAAAAUAAUUUUUGAAACAAAUGGUUACCCUGUAUACAAACGCCGUGACGAUCUAACAAAAUUUGUGAUAAAAAAUGGAAUACAAAUUGAUAUUAGUUUUGUAGUACCUUACAAUUCUAAAUUACUGCAGAGAUAUAAUGCUCAUAUAAAUGUUGAAUCCUGUUGUCAAUCAAUGCUUAUAAAAUAUCUUUUCAAAUAUAUAAACAAAGGUUCAGAUAGAGCUAGAGCAGUUUUCCAAGAAAACCAACAAGAUGAAAUACUUGCAUAUCUAAAUUGUAGAUACAUAUCUCCAUAUGAAGCUGUUUGGAGAUUGUUUCAAUAUCCUAUUCAUUUUAGAAAACCCUCAGUUGAACGAUUACCAAUACAUUUACCUCUAGAACAAAACAUUAUUUUCAAUGGUGAUCAAUCACUUCAAUCAAUUGUUAACCGAAAAAAUAUUGAAUCUACAAUGUUAACAAGUUGGUUUGAAGCUAAUAAAACAUUUCAUGAAGCACGAACAUUAACGUAUGCAGAAUUUCCUUCAAAAUUUGUGUGGGAUUCUCGCACUAAGAUGUGGAAACCUAGAAAAAAAAAGGAUCCUUUGGUAGAAUAGCUUAUGUGCAUCCUGCAUCUGGUGAAUUAUAUUAUUUAAGAAUGCUUUUGAAUUUGCAAAAAGGGGCUUUCCACUUUAAUGACCUAAAAACUGUUAAUGGUAUUAUAGAACCAUCAUACCAAGCUGCAUGUAAAUCCCUAGGUUUGUUAGGAGAUGAUAAAGAAUGGAUUGAAGCCUUAGCAAAUGCUGUAAACAUAGCCACAUGUCCUCAAUUAAGGCAAUUAUUUGUCACAAUCAUUUUAUUUUGUGAUGUAGGAAAUCCUCAAAUCCUUUUUAACACUUAUUGGCAAAAUAUGUCUGAAGACAUUUUAUACAAAUUACGACAAACUUUCGAAAUGCCAAAUCUAAUUGUAUCAGA